CCGCUCCUCAGCAGGUGCAGGCGAUUGGCACACCGAAGUGUGAAGUCCGUCCUAGUUUUCCUGCCAGGAAAGUGAACAUUUAAGUGGUGGUCACUUCCUUGUCUCUGCAUUGUUAGCUGGCUGCGCUGAGAAUGGCUUGCUGUGAUUGACGACCAUGGACCUCCAGAAGAGACUGACUGCGUGUUGGCAGAGGUUUCUGAAUUGUUUUAACAAACCGGGUCAACCUGAUGAUCCCCCUGAUGUGAGACGUGGGUCAAGGAAAAAACCAUUACCGCCGCUGCCAGUGGCGAAAGCGAAGGACUGUUACAUUGCCCUGUAUGAUUACUCCGCUCGCACCCACGAGGACCUGAGCUUCAACGCUGGAGAUACUUUAGAGAUUAUUGAGAAACGUACUGAUGAAUGGUGGUUUGUUAAAGCCCUCACCGGGGUUUCGGCUUUCAAAGAGGGAUACAUCCCUGCUAAUUAUGUGGCACCUGUGGAGAGUAUUGAUGCUAAACCAUGGUAUUUUCCUGACACCAAGAGGCUGGAUGCAGAGAAGAUGCUGCAGGCUGCAGGGAACAUAGAUGGUGCCUUCCUCAUCCGAAACUGUGAAAGUCAGAGUGGGGAGCUGUCACUCUCAGUACUGGACAACAGAAGGGUGAAGCAUUACAGGGUUAAGAAACUGGAUAAUGGUCACUUCUUUGUGUCGAGGACCAAAACUUUUGAAACACUGCAGGAGUUGGUGGAACAUUACUCCAGACAGGCUGAUGGCCUCUGCGUCUGUCUGGGUGAACCAUGCAAAAAGAUGGAGGCCCCACAGACUCACGGUCUGUCCUACAACACAGCGGACCAGUGGGAGAUUAACCGCGAAUCCAUCAGGCUGAUAAGGAAGUUGGGAGCCGGACAGUUUGGUGACGUCUAUGAGGGCCUGUGGAAUGAAACCACACCAGUUGCAGUGAAAACCCUCAAACCUGGUACCAUGGAUACUCGGGACUUCCUGCAAGAGGCUCAGAUGAUGAAGGGUCUGCGGCAUGCCAAGCUGAUUCAGCUGUAUGCUGUCUGCACCUUGGAGGAGCCCAUUUACAUCAUCACAGAGCUGAUGAAGAAUGGCAGCCUGCUAGAGUACCUCCAGAAGGAUAAAGGUACCACGCUAUGUAUGUCUGACCAGAUUGAGAUGGCUGCCCAGGUGGCAUCAGGCAUGGCUUUCCUGGAGCUACAAAACUACAUUCACAGAGACCUGGCAGCCAGGAACGUCCUGGUGGGGGAGAACAACAUCUGCAAGGUUGCCGACUUUGGCCUUGCCAGGGUCUUCAUGAAAGAGAAUGAGAAUGUUUACGAGCCCAGAGAAGGCGCCAAAUUUCCUGUGAAAUGGACCGCUCCAGAGGCCAUCCAUGACAACAAGUUCACUAUUAAAUCUGAUGUUUGGUCCUUUGGAAUUUUGCUGUAUGAGAUUGUGACAUUUGGACAGAUGCCUUACCCAGACAUGACAAACUUCCAGGUCGUCCAGAGGAUUUCCCAGGGUUACAGAAUGCCGUGCCCCCCAAACUGCCCCAAACCCAUGUAUAACAUCAUGAUGGACUGCUGGAAGAAGAAUGAACAGGACCGGCCCACGUUCGAGACCCUGCAGUGGAAGCUGGAGGAGUUCUUUGACAUGGAUGUGUCGUCUUAUGAUGAUGCUGGCCAAUAUUAGCACACUGACCAGACUAAUAUGUGGAAAGAAUGGAGCAAAAAACAAACCCACUGUGUGCACCACAACAUAAUCAAAUUAAGAAAAUUAUCAUGAUGUUUUAAUUAAAUUAAAGUAACAGAUUUAAAUGUCCAUACAAAAUUCCAUUUGAUUCUUGUCAUUGCAGUCAAAUGAAAUCCACAAUGUCUGAUCUGCAUGUGAUAGAAUACUGUAAUAUAAAGUGAGAAACGUUUUACUACAGGAGUGGUUAGUUGUGACGCUCCUGGUCUUGUUUUGUGCAACAACGGAAUUAAAUUUCAGACAGGCUAUAUGUGUGUUCAGCCUAACUCA